GGGGAUUCUUUUUUAAUACGCUGGCAAUACCGCAACCUAACUGUCACUUCGAUAUCGUUCGCCCGUCGCCUUCAAUUGUUUCUUUGACGUGUCCUAUAGGCAUUGUUGUUGUAAUUUAUUUAUCAGAAUUUUUAACAUUUACUCAGUUGUUCCCGACACGCGACUCUUGUUGAUCAAACCGCAACACAUUACGCCCGUGAAACUGCCUCAGAAAUGUGUGUAAAGACUAUACUAUUGUGUUUACUCCGUUAAUGUUUUUCCUUGGACUCGGCGCAAUUAUUUUUAAUUAAAAAAAAUCCCGGUAAAAAUGUUUACUUUUUAAUUGAUUUAUCGUGGACUAUGAUUAUCGCUAUCGCCUAAAUACAUGUGAGGAUUAGUGGUGUAUUUUAUUAAUUAUUCAAUAUGAGACUUUAUUUAAAGAAAUUCUUCAUAGUAGGUCUAGUUUGCUUAUUUAUUAUAUCAUUAAUGUUAUUUUAUAAUGGGAACGAGGGACCUAUAGUGAAAACGAGUGUCAAAGUAGAGGAUAUUGAGACUAGGAUAAACAAAUUAGAGGAAAUGAUGGACAAUCAACUGACCGAGAGUGGUAAAUUGUUGCAAAUGGUUGUGGAGCGGAUUAGGAAGAAAGAAGAGGGACCCAAGAUGGAGAGUGAAGUGAAUCUGCGAGCUCCUGACGUAAAGGCUGGGUCUAAAGAUACAGUGCUACCGGUGCUGGUGAUAGCGUGUGACCGGGUCACCGUGAAGCGGUGUCUGGACAACCUCAUCAAGUUCAGACCCAGUAAAGAGACGUUCCCGAUCAUAGUCAGUCAGGACUGCGGGCACAACGCCACGUACCAAGUGAUCAAAUCCUUCACCGACGCCGACCCCUCCAUCACCGUAGUGCGCCAGCCUGACCUCUCAGAGAUACCCCUCGAGCGCACCAACAUCAAGUAUAAGGGCUACUAUAAGAUAGCGCGGCAUUUCAAGUUUGCGCUCAACCAUGUGUUCAAGACUUUGCGACAUGAGGCUGUGAUUAUCGUUGAAGAUGAUUUGGACAUUUCGCCGGAUUUCUACGAGUACUUCCAAGGCACAUAUCCUCUCUUACUCAAGGAUUCUAGCAUAUGGUGCGUGUCAGCGUGGAACGACAAUGGAAAGAAGCAGCUGGUGGACCUCUCAAGACCAGAACUCCUCCACCGUACAGACUUCUUCCCCGGCCUCGGCUGGAUGCUGCGGGCUGACUCCUGGGCCGAGCUCGAACCUAAAUGGCCUAAAGCGUUCUUCGACGAUUGGCUCCGUGACCCGGUGAACACGCGGGCCCGCUCGUGCAUCCGCCCGGAGAUAUCCAGGACUUAUUCAUUUGGCAAGGCGGGAGUCAGUAAAGGGCUGUUCUUCGACAACCAUCUGCGCUACAUCGUCCUCAACUCGGAGUUUGUCGAAUUCACCAAAAUGGAUCUCAGUUAUUUAUUAAAGGAAAACUACGAUCACAACUUUACAAAAUACGUGUACUCCCUCCCUGAGACCACGGCGGAGGAAGUCAUGGCGGGCGCGGCGCCUGUCCCCGCCGUGCGGGUCACCUAUUCUAACCCCAAGACGUUCCGCAAGGCGGCCAAGCGGCUCGGGCUCAUGGACGACUUCCGGAGCGGAAUAGCCCGGACGGCGUACAUAGGCGUAGUCCAAUGCUCAAUAAAAAACCGUCGUGUAUACCUCGCGCCAGACUUCGUGUGGACGCAGUACGACCGUACGUGGGAAUAGCGAACGUAGACACGCGUAGAUAGUCUUAGAUUACCAAGUAACCCAAUGUCCUUUUUUUAGGACAG